AUGUCUAUGACAGAUGGCAGCAGGGACGGUCACGUCAAUGCCCCGUCCUCGACACACCCGGCUGUCCAGUCAUGGGACACCGCUAUCGAUGAUAACGAUGUACAACGACUGCGCGACUUCCACGCAAAACAUUUCAUCAAUAAACCGAUACCAGACAUUCACGCCAGCGUAGCUCAGCCCGCUGAAGCAACACCGACCACUGGUUCGACCGAGGGAAGCCUGGGAUACUACGCUGAUGGCGUAAGACGUACCCUGACCGACGACCAGAUCAAGAUGUUUCGGCACUCAGAGAUCCAGCGACUACUUCUUGAGCGACAGCAACGAAAAGAGGCAGAAGAAGAGGAGACCCAGCGGAGAGAACGCAAACGCGAGCGCGAGCACGCACGUCAGCGAUACUUCGACGAGCCUGAGAAGGACAAUGUCGGUGCGCUUGUCUACGACGAUGAACAGCCGGUUGCGAGACAGGACGCAAAUGCUGCUCAGGCCGAGAAGAAGUUCCUGUGGCCGCAGCUCGGUGUGUGA